AUUUAUGCAACAAAAAUGUUUAAUGUGAACAGUGACAUGCAUAUUUGAUAGCUCACUGCAGUCUGCAUCAUUGUCUCUAGAUUCCAAAAUUUCAUUUUAAGCCGUUUAGUACUUACAGAACAAAGGGGGUUAUCUUAGAUAACUUUUAAUAUCCUGGGCUAUUUUCCAAUUCACGAUACAGGGGAAAAAAAAAAUGUGUCCAGGGCCCUUAAAAGAAAAUACUUUGAAUUUAAAUAUGACACAUACAUUAAGCCCACGUGACACGCCAGGGAGGCGGUGGAAGUCAAGUGCAUUUGUUUUUGUUACAUCCAUCAGGGCGAUCUCUUUCACAAUUCUGGGAGAGGCCUGUUUGUUCUUCCACUCCCACAGUUGAAGUUUGGACAAAGUUUGAGAAAAUCCCAGGCACCUGCGGCUCCUAGCGAAGCCCGCGAGGAGCAUAGGGGAAAGCACCUCUUCCCCAGUUUUCAGUCUUCAGAUCGCAGGCCUCUCGGACCCGCAGAGCGAGCGUCACGCUGCCGCGCCUGAGAAAUAAGAGCUAUUUCAAGGACGGGCCCUGGGUCCUCACUGACGCUUCGCAAAGGUGUGCGUCCGCCCAAGGAAGGCCGGCGGCGCGGCGGCGCAGUGACCGCGAGGAGUCUCCACCCAUCUUCUCUUCAAGCAGCAGUAGCUGGGUCUGGGUACCCAACCGACGAGCCGAGACGCCAGAAGCCAGAGGACGAAGUUGAAAGCCUGCGCCCCGAGCCAACCGGAAUUCCACUUAGCUCCGCGCGGUCCGCGCCUCGGCCGGAAGGGGGCGUGGCUUCGGGCCGGCGCGGCGAGGCCCGCCGCCGAGUGGGGGGGUUCCUCCCGGGCCCCGGCCGCGCGUUUCCGGUGCGCUCCCCCGCGCCCUCCGUCCUGUGGUCUCGCCCGUCCCCGCUGCCAUGUUGGAUUGUGCGGCCGCCGCCGCCGCCGCUGCGGGAGGGUUGGGGGAGGAGUUGGGAGUUUAGCGCAGUCGCUGGAGUGCGAGGACAACGACCAUCCGGCCCUAUCCUGGCCGGGCGGGAGCUGGGAGCUUCCCUUUCUCAGCGCGGCCCGAAGGUGGCUCGCCGUCGGCGCCUGCGUCCCUCGACCUCCUCCUCCUCCGCGCUCCGGAGGAGCUGCGAGAUGUGGCGCCUCUGACUCCGCUUCUCCCCGCCCCUGUCACCGAGAGGGGUAACGAGCUCUCGCCCACUCGCGGGAGGAGACGGCCCUGGACUCCCAACCCUGCCGGCGAAACCAUGAGCUCCGUCCAGCAGCAGCCGCCGCGGAGGGUCACCAACGUGGGGUCCCUGCUGCUCACCCCGCAGGAGAACGAGUCCCUCUUCACUUUCCUCGGCAAGAAAUGUGUGACUAUGUCUUCAGCAGUGGUGCAGUUAUAUGCAGCAGAUCGGAACUGUAUGUGGUCAAAGAAGUGCAGUGGUGUUGCUUGUCUUGUUAAGGACAAUCCACAGAGAUCUUAUUUUUUAAGAAUAUUUGACAUUAAGGAUGGGAAACUAUUGUGGGAACAAGAACUAUACAAUAACUUUGUAUAUAAUAGUCCUAGAGGAUAUUUUCAUACCUUUGCUGGAGAUACUUGUCAAGUUGCUCUUAAUUUUGCCAAUGAAGAAGAAGCAAAAAAAUUCCGAAAAGCAGUUACAGACCUGUUGGGCCGCCGACAAAGGAAAUCUGAGAAAAGACGAGAUCCCCCAAAUGGUCCUAAUCUACCCAUGGCUACAGUCGACAUAAAAAAUCCAGAAAUCACAACAAAUAGAUUUUAUGGUCCACAAGUCAACAACAUCUCCCAUACCAAAGAAAAGAAAAAAGGAAAAGCUAAAAAGAAGAGAUUAACCAAGGCAGAUAUAGGAACACCAAGCAAUUUCCAGCACAUUGGACAUGUUGGUUGGGAUCCAAAUACAGGCUUUGAUCUGAAUAAUUUGGAUCCAGAAUUGAAGAAUCUUUUUGAUAUGUGUGGAAUCUCAGAGGCACAGCUUAAAGACAGAGAAACAUCAAAAGUUAUAUAUGACUUUAUUGAAAAAACAGGAGGUGUUGAAGCUGUUAAAAAUGAACUGCGAAGGCAAGCACCACCACCUCCACCACCAUCAAGGGGAGGGCCACCUCCUCCUCCUCCCCCUCCACACAACUCAGGUCCUCCUCCUCCUCCUGCCAGGGGAAGAGGCGCUCCUCCCCCACCACCUUCAAGAGCUCCCACAGCUGCACCUCCACCACCGCCUCCUUCCAGGCCAAGUGUAGCAGUCCCUCCACCACCGCCAAAUAGGAUGUACCCUCCUCCACCUCCAGCCCUUCCCUCCUCAGCACCUUCAGGGCCUCCACCACCACCUCCGUCUGUGUUGGGGGUAGGGCCAGUGGCACCACCCCCACCGCCUCCACCUCCGCCUCCACCUGGGCCACCGCCCCCCACUGGCCUGCCUUCUGACGGGGACCAUCAGGUUCCAACUACUGCAGGAAACAAAGCAGCUCUUUUAGAUCAAAUUAGAGAGGGUGCUCAGCUAAAAAAAGUGGAGCAGAACAGUCGGCCAGUGUCCUGCUCUGGACGAGAUGCACUGUUAGACCAGAUACGACAGGGUAUCCAACUAAAGUCUGUGUCUGAUGGCCAAGAGUCUACACCACCAACACCUGCACCCACUUCAGGAAUUGUGGGUGCAUUAAUGGAAGUGAUGCAGAAAAGGAGCAAAGCCAUUCAUUCUUCAGAUGAAGAUGAAGAUGAUGAAGAUGAAGAAGAUUUUGAGGAUGAUGAUGAGUGGGAAGACUGAUCUAUAUAUUAUAUAUAUAUAUAUUUUUAAGGUGAAAUACUAAACUCUACUUUCUGUCUGUGGAUUCUGUAAAAUUAUCAUGUAAAUGUUCUACCAAUUUGCUGUAUAUUUUUGUUGCCUUUUUUGCUUUUUUUUAAUCUGUGCAAUACCUCAUUUAAUCUGUAAAGGUUUGUCGUAAUCCUCUACAAAGCUACUCCCUGUUAUUGUGUGCAAGUUUACACCAGGAUGCUCACUUGAUUUGUGAAUAUUUUUCAUUCCAUCAACAAGGGAGUUUAAAUAUUAUAUGUGAGACUGACAAAAACCUUAAUGUAAUUUACUUAUAAUGCCAGAAGGAAAACACUAUUUUCAUACCCUACUUUUUCUGUACCUAAAUUUUCUUAAAAAAAAAAACUAGUAUAGCACUACAUUCUUUUUUAAGUGAUGCAAACCUUAGUUUCUUUAGCCCCUUUAUUUUGAAUACAACGCUACAUAUGAAUGUUGAAGCUGAUACAUUGCACAGUUCUGUAGAUAUCACUACACCGAUGCAGUUUCUCAAAUUUUAGCAAUAUGCUCUACGUAAAAUCACUACAGAGAUACUAGUGGGGAAGAUGAGUAACACACCUCUUACAGCAAUACUGCCUGUUAUUGGUAUAGCAGUGGUAUUUGCAGACUGGGAUCAUAAGGAGCCCUUACAUACUUGUUAUUGACUGAGUUUUAUGCUGUAGCAAAUGUGGCAGGCUCUUUUUGGCAAGAUUUGUGAAAAUUUUUUUGGUAUUACUCUGAAACAAAAUUUAAGUUGGAGUUUGGGGGAUUUAGGGAGUAGUUUUCAUUCUACAUGAACUGAAAUAAUAUGAUUACUCCAAUAUUUGGUUAAAAAUACUGUACAAAUCAGAAUAGUACUAAAAUACUGUGGAAUUUUAGCAUUUUUAUUUUGCACUUUGUGUGGAUUGAGGUAUUCAGAAAUACCAACCAUAAAAAUCUAAUCUAGUUGGCAAAGAUAUGCAUCAAAGCACAGAACCUAACAUGCAUUUAUUUUGAUAAUUUUUGAGGGUUUUUGUCAAAUAGCAUGUGAAGGGUUACAUUUUUCUUAAGAUUGGUGGUCCCAAUGUCAAAUUUCUUGGAACACAUAACUGAAUGAUAGAUUUUUUUUUUAAAGAUAAAACUUUACAACCUGCACAUUUGUUAUGCAUACUAAAUGGUGUGUUAAAAGUAGGGUUUCUUUGCCUCUCUACAGUACACUAAUCUGCCUAAAGGUGGUUGUUUCAUAUUUAUAAUGCUAAUUGUCAUACCUACCUACUUUAAAUUUUAGGUAGAAAAUUAUCUGAUUUAAAUACAGACACAUAUUUUUCUCACAUUGAGUCAUAUGCAUAAUGUAGUUCCAAAUGUAUUUCAUUACUAUAGUCACAAUAUCCAACUAAAAAUUACGCUAUCUAGAAUUGUACCGACCAAAAUCUAGUAUUGGCAGAUCUUGACAGGCUGGACCUGCAAGAUAUGGCUUGAAUUUUAACCAUUUAUUACAUAAUCUCUAGUGAUCAUGCAUCUAGUUAUCAUAAGAAAUAAUUUAAAAGGUUUUGUUGCUGAAAGCAGUAAGUGGUGCAGUAAAAUAGUUAAGUUAUUCAAAGAAUGUUAUCUUUCUUGCAAGAGUAAUUUAAGCACAUGGGAAAGAUUCUAGACUUUUUGUUUCUUGCAACAACAGUGCCCUCUGCUGCUAGAAACCUUUUUCUACUUACUAUCAUUUUUAUUGUGGCUUGAGCUCAGUGAAUCUGGUGCAGAUGAGGCUGGACAACUACUAACCAAUAAAAUCAGGAAUUUGUACAAAAGUUAAAUGGGAUAUUAUACUUAUUUCAAGUAAUGUUAAUUAAAAUUUUUUUUUCUUUUUGACAAUAUAAAAAACAUUUUAAAUUUCCUAGAAAUGUCUUCAGGGUAAGGCCAGUUUAAGAUCUCUCUUAACUUUUGGCCAAUAAAUCCUAGAUUUUCCAGCUAACUUUGGUGGUAAUAAAUAUUUAUCAGGAGCUUCUCUCAGCAGAGAGUAUCCAUUCUUUGAAUUCGAAGCACAAUUUUAAACAUGUAAAAUGGACCUAUAAUUUGCCAAAGGUAAUUGGUUUACUCUUUUUUUCUUAAAGAAAAAAAAGACAUUGGUUGUUGUUACAAAAAGUCUAAAUUACUAUCGGUUGAAACACAGCAGCUGUGGAGUUCAGUCCAGGCAUGAAGACUAAAUCUGCUUUACCAAGUAAGGCGUAAGGUUGCAUGUUUCAGUUCUCUACCAUCCUGCACUGUGAGCAGCACUAUACCUGUGCGUUGUCUGAAAGCCUCCUGUAUAUUCUCCAGCUAAAUGGUCGUCUGGUAGCCUUUGCAUUUAACAAACUAGCAUGAGGCUUUUUAUAUCUAAAUGCUACGUGAUAGACAAUUUCAGCUAGCCACAUAUUGUAUGUAUGAGAUUCAUAAAGACUUUCAAUCAUUUCAUUUUCAAACAACUGAAAUUUUGUUUAGUAUGUGAAUUCUUUUUUUGAAAUGUAUAGUGAAUAGGAUGUUGCACUGGUGGCAAUUCAUCAUGGAGCAUAAUAAAAUUAAUUUGACCCAAAUAG